ACGAAGCAAAAGCAGCAGUGGCUAUAAUAGUAUCGAGUAGUACCAAUAGUAACAAAAUCAGUACAUACAUUACUUUAAAAAGAAAGAAAACUAUAAGAGAUUUAGCUCCAUUUAAAACUGUAUCGAACAACAAUUUUGUUCAAUUGGUAUUUAUUAUCAGUUCAUUCACGUAAUUUAAUCUUCUAGUGGAAAUUUUUUAAUUAAUUUUGGUUUUAUUUGCUCCUUAAUACGCACGAGUUAUCUUGUUUUUAUAGUUGAGAUAUAUAUAUAAUCAAAAUGGAUUCGAAAGAAGAAAUAGUGAUCUACGAUGAAUCAUUAAGUAAUAGGGCAGUUAGUCAUGCCAAAAGAAAUCCUUUUUUGAUGGCUGGUUUUGCAAGUUUGAUAGCAGCUUGUGCGAUAGGCGUUUAUAAAUUUAAACGCCGAGGAAAUAUGCCGAUAUCUCACUACCUCUUGCAAUUUCGAGUUCUGGCACAAAGCUCAGUAAUUGGUUGCAUAACUAUUGGAAUGGCUUAUCACAUGUUCAAUGAACAUGUUUUACACAAAGGGAAAAAAGAAUGAUAAAAAUUGUUUAGGUAGAGUAUUUGUCACAAUCCUAAUAAAUACUAAAAGUUCGAUAGAUAUUUCACAUAUGUUAGUUAGUCUGAAUUAGAUGAAACAUAAAAAGCUAAAUGUGAUACUACAAUAGUAUUAUCGUUAGACCUUGAAUACUUUUGGCUGGCUCCAAUGAUAAUAUAGAAAAAAUCAUAUUUUCUCAUACUUUUUCUUUCCUACAGAUAUAAAUAUUUAUGAAAUAGAAAGAUAUGAUUACA